AUGACGUCUCAGGCUGCGAAACAGCGGAUACAGAGUAUGCUUGCUGCCAGUGUUGGAAUGAUGCUGGUGUUGGUGAAGUUGGGAAUGCCAGAAAAGGUUCAGGAUGAUCCCAGCUCUCUCAGGGUGAUCAACCAGGAGAAGUGGGAGAGGGAUGUGCGUUCGGCCUCCAGUCUGGACGAGCUGCUCAUGCUGACAGACUUCCCUGACUGGAAGCUGUGGAAGUGUGGUCUAAAACUCAAACACCUGGAGACGUCGCCCUCAUCCUCUUCCUCUCAGCAGCCCAACCACCGUUCCUCCUCCUCCUCCGCUGGAUCUGGGUCACACCGCUCCACGCGCUACGCUGUAGCAUCCUACAGCCUGGAGAUACUCAAAGCUAUAGACGAUGAGUGGCAGAAGACCCAGUGCAUGCCCAGAGAGACGUGUGUAGACGUGGCAAAGGAACUGGGCACCACGACCUCCAUGUUCUUCAAGCCCCCCUGCGUGUCCGUCUUCAGGUGUAACGGAUGCUGCAACAAAGAGGGUGUCUCGUGCAGAAACACAAGUACUGCCUAUGUUAAUAAAACACUGCUGAGUGUGAUACCGUUCAAAUACGGACCUGAGCCGGUGUUGAUAAAGGUAGCCAAUCACACAGAGUGUAAGUGUAUGGAACCACCCCUGAUCCGACGGCAAGCCCAUAUACGCUCUCACAGGAGGAGCGGGUGCUCUCCGAUGCGUCAGCUCUCUAAAUCAGAGAACUCCAGGCGCCUGUGUGCCAGUGGGUUGAUCUGGGACUGCAUGGCCGACCGUUGUGUAUCCUACCCCUCCACUGAACAACCAGACUUCUCUCCCAAUAUGAGAACGGUGGACUGUGACAUAGAUGUUGACAGGUGUGACUGUGUCCCAGACCGCACUAACCUGUCCCCACAGCCCACUCUAACCCAGGACUCAGACCAUCCUACCCUGCAUGUCACCUGAACCAUACUGCCUGUGCUAACAACAAACAGCACUUCAACCUCUUGCAGAUGCCAGUGAUACUAAGAAGAAUAUAACCUUUGACAUCUGCUUGGCUUUGAAGUUUGGAAGCAGAGAAAAAGUUCAUAAUUUAUUUAUAUCGCUAUUUAUAUAUCUAACUUCAAAUAAAAUAGU